CACAAGGCACCCUUUGGUGUCGGUGAGGGCCAUCGGCUGCCGCCCAUCCCCACCGACCGCUCUCGCGUCGCACAGCGGGUCAUCGAGGCUGAUCGCAAGCAAAAACAACAGGUCAGUCAGUCAGUCAGUCACUCAGUCAGAUGAUUGAUGUGAUGGAGAGGGCAACGAAGGAGCGAGACACACAAACUCGUGUGUGUAUGUCGCGUCUCAUGUCACGUCAUGUGAUGUGUAUCGAUCAUCAGGCUGUGUUGCGUGCCAAGGAGGCUCGUUGUCGGCGGCAGCAGCAGGAGGCCUACGGGAGACUCGUCCAACAGUACUAUGCACCUGCCCCCAGACACCGCCAGCAAUACUACAAUCAAGGGGAGGAGGAGCCGUUCAGCCCCUAUGUGGACGAGCAGCUGUAUGGAGGCAUGACGAGGCUGCCCCCGAUCGUACUCACGGGGACAAGCCUGCGAAGGGCGGGGUGAGUGAGGUUUGCUCAGUGCAUGGG